AUGCCGGCCGCCGCUUUACAGCGUCAAACAGAUGUCUGGGCUGCUCACAUGUGUUUUGCACGAGGUGUAUGCUCCACAAAAGAGGGCACCGAAGAGGCAAAUGCAACAGGAGACAGGUGCGAUUACAAGAGGGAUAUUCCUGAGGAUGAGGACCAAGAGGAUGAUGAUGAGGAAAUUUCAUCGCUGGAUGCAUUCGAGCUCGUUGUCCCCCCGACGCCCAUUGGUCAUACGCAGCUUGACAGCGAGGACGAAUCCUCUGAGAGCGAGGACAAAGAUCAAGAGAGAUAUGUACUGACUCCACCAAGAGCUCUCUCUAUCGCCUAUAGUAGCCACGAAGACAACGAAGAAGAUGACGAUGACGAAGAGGACGACUUCCAGUGGACACUAUCACCUCCCCGACCCUAUUCUCCUACUACUGCUCAAGUGGAUGUCAUACCUUUCCUCUACAUACACGGAGAAGAAUGCGAGCGUCUAAAUACAAACGAAAACAAUUGGGAUACUGUGCCUCUGUCUCCAACAGAGCCUACCCAUAUCACUGGAUAUAGCAGUGUAGAGGAAGCAAGGAACGCGUUGUAUAAUAACAGCGAGGGGGAGGCAAUGAGGGAUUGGUCGGGGUGCUUUGGCUCCAUUAGUGCGAAGGGCAGCGAGACGGCGAUGUGUGGGGAUGAGGAUGAUUGGGAACAGCCGUUAUGGAGCCCGGUGUUGUUGACCUUGGAUGGGUUCUUUUAG